AUGCAGCGUUUGUUUCAUCUCCAGGUCCUGUUUGUGUUUGCCGUGGUGCUGGCCCUGGCCACCGCCAGCGAUCUCCGUCGCUACGGAGGAGAGCAGGAGGAGGAGGAGGACAGCGACCACACCCCCUACCAGUUCAGCUACUCUAUCGACGAUGAAGACACCGUGUUCUCCCAGAGUGAGGAGGGCGACGACGAGGGAGACGUCACCGGAGAGUACUCUGUCAACCUGCCCGACGGCCGCGUCCAGACAGUCAGGUACUUCGGCGACAACGAGGACGGCUACACGGCCGAGGUCAGCUACGAGGGCGAGGCCCAGUACCCUGAGGACCAGUCGUACCAGGUCCACAGCGCCUUCUCCCCCGCGUUCUGGACCUGUGUUCUGGACCUGCUCCGUGCUGACUCUAUGGAGAAGAAGAAUGGAGACUGCUGA